ACUUCCUCUGAGAAAGAAACUCCUCCUCCCAAAUCUAGAGAGAGAAGGGAAGAGAGAUAUGCAGAUGAUCUCCAAAGCUUCAUGUACUAUGGCGGCCUUUCCUUGUUCAAAGGUUAGGAAACGGCUUUGUGUUUGGCCAAGCAUGAGACAAUUUUGUCUCAGAAAGGGCCUUGUCUAUGGGUUUAUGCACUUAUUAUCAAGACCGUUAAAAACCUUGCGUGGAGCUAGUCGAUCUCUUAGAGUUGCAGAAUUCUGCAGUGUUUCCAACAUGUCUUCAUCAUUGCAAAUUGAAUUGGUGCCAUGUCUCAGGGAUAACUAUGCAUACCUUUUACAUGAUGUAGACACAGGCACUGUUGGAGUUGUUGAUCCGUCUGAAGCCUCACCACUUAUAAAUGCUUUGAGUAGGAAGAAUUGGAAUUUGAAUUACAUACUUAAUACUCAUCACCAUUAUGACCAUACUGGUGGGAAUUUGGAGUUGAAAGCAAGAUAUGGUGCUAAGGUGAUUGGUUCAGCAUUAGACAGGGACAGGAUUCCAGGUAUUGAUAUAGUUCUAAAUAAUGGGGAAAAGUGGAUGUUUGCAGGUCAUGAGGUGCAUGUCAUUGAAACUCCUGGUCAUACUCGAGGACAUAUUAGCUUCUAUUUUCCUGGUUCUGGAACAAUUUUCACGGGUGACACUUUAUUUAGUUUGUCAUGUGGAAAGCUUUUCGAAGGAACUCCCGAACAGAUGCUUUCUUCCCUAAAGAAGAUCACAUCUUUGCCAGAUGAUACACAUGUAUACUGCGGUCAUGAGUAUACGUUGAGUAAUUCAAAGUUUGCAUUGUCCAUAGAACCCAACAAUGAGGCACUCCAGUCUUAUGCAGCUCAUGUAGCACAACUUCGUGGCAAGGGGUUACCUACGAUUCCUACUACACUAAAGAUCGAGAAGGCAUGUAACCCAUUCCUUCGCACUCCUAGCACUGAAAUCAGGCAGACAUUAGGUAUUCCAGUCACAUCAGAUGAUGCAGAAGCCUUGGGUAUCAUCCGCCAUGCAAAGGAUAAUUUCUGAGAUUAGUUACAACUGAAAUCCAAUAUGUGUAUGAGAGAGGUGAGCUCUACAUGCGUGGAAUAACGAAUAAGCUCUAUCAUGUCAAUAUAUUUUUUUAAUAUUGCAAGGUUCUUUUGAAAUUUGCAUAUAUUUUAUUUGUAAUUCAAAAGAUAUAUUCUUUUACCCCUUAAUGUAGUUGGGAGAAAUUCAUUUAAACACUUAUUCUGUUUAUAUUCCUUGUAAUCAUGUUUCAUGCUUUUUUUAUUGGCCGCAGCUUCAAUGUUGCAUGCUUCAUGGUCAAUCACCAUGUUUCUUCUAAAUUACAGUUGUUGAAUUAUACGCAACUAUCUAUGUACCAAAAAAAAUUAUACGCAACUAUCUUCUAAAUUGGAUGUCUCUUUAGCUUGCUUUUCUCAGUUGUACGUCACAUUUGUCCAUAGAAGUAUCAUGUUGAAUGUAGACUUCCUCCAAAAUUGGUAUUGACAUCACAAGCUUGAUUUGGUCAUUGAUCUCCCCUUUUUAUGAUAUAUCUUUACAGAUCUCGUGGGUGAUGGCCUUUUGCUUUAGCCUUUUGUGUUAGUUGUUUUUGCUUUGGGGUUGCUUUGAGCUACUAUAAUGGAUAGGUAUACCAAACACUACUUGCCCCUUAGUUUACUCUUGCCCCUUCUCAACUGAUUCCAACCUCUUAAGCAAUUGACAAAUUGACAUCAUACCUUUGAAAUUGAUAGCAGUUUGGUUGUUUGUUUGUUUUGGGAACAUGUGAAAGGAAAGGGAAACUUUUACUAAGGCAGGAGUGUGCCAGCAGGGAUCGAACUCAGCCACAGGCUGACGAUAAUUGGUGCAGUGGUGCGCUUCCAACUGGGCGGCCGAGUGCUGGUAUCUUAAUCUUAUCUACUCGCGCAACUUUUCCACGUUGCAUCAGGAAAUAAUUGGUGCAGUUUAGAUAAAAUAUUCGCAAUACU